UGGCUAGUCAAAAUUUUUGUGUUCUGUUUUGGUAUUUUUAGCUGUCGGUAGGCAGAAAUAGGCAAAUAUCAUGCUCGCAUUCGAGGAUUUACUGUCGACGCCACCAGCCUACAAAGUCACGGACGCAAUCGAACAUUAUUUGCAGCGCAUACCAAGGGUUGCAUGCAAUGUAUCCAGCGACCCCCCGAGGAGAGCGGCUGGCUCCUCCAACGAUUGCAACGACGUUUGAAAUAUCGCACAAAAAAGCAAAAGAAACCGAAUAUUCAACACAAUUGGUACAAGAAUUGGUCGUGAACUUGCGUAAAUUAUGGUAACUGAUAUUCCGUUGUGUGGUUACUAGGAGCCUUGAUUAGAUUGGCCACUGCAUUUUUUAUGUUGAGCCGGUUUAUAUAGCCUUGGGAAGCAGUAUCUGGCUGAUGGCUCGAGUUAUAUUUGCAGCUUAUGGCUCAAAUUUAUUUAUGAUGACAGUCUCAUUCAGACUGCAAAAUGUGGCAGAGGUCUAAGGUGUGCAGUGUGCACAGGACCUCCUCUGACCACUAGCCUGAUUCAGUUGUGCAUUUACAAAUUUCAGUCAUGCAACUUGUAAACCACAACCUGGGCAUAGCUUGCCCAAAGCAUCAGACACAGAAAAUACACAGAGAGACUUCAGCUCGUGAACCUGCCAUCAUUGUGUUAUUGUUGUAGAAGAGGCGAUAUGAUUCUGGCGUACCUACCAGCUAGAUCUUCUAUGCUGGCAUCGACAUUCACCCAGCAAAUAGCAAUCUUGAAAUCUUCUUUGGCCAAGCGACCAGAAGUAUCACCAGAGGGCACCAAUGGAAGUUGAAGAAGUGGUGUGCCGGAUCUAGGGCACAAUCUAACCAAAUGCUGAUGCUGUAAUGGUGUGAAUGUGAGAUCAUCAGAAGUGAGCGAUGUCUGUCUCCGUGUUUGGUAUGAUAGUGGCCGGCCGGCUGGUCAGCACCGAUUUCCAGGCGGUCGAUGAGACCCACUUUGUCAUCAAUGUGCCCGAGGCGGACAACAUCCGGCACAUCAUCGUGUUCCUGACGGGCUCACAGCCGCUGCCGGACAACACGGCCGCCGGAGUGUACUUCAGUUGGCCGGAGCCCAACUCUCCGCCCACCUGGAUCUACCUGGGCUUCCUCUCCAACAGCAAGCCGUCGGCCGUGUUCAAGGUGGCGUCGCUGAAGCACGGCAGCGGCGCCGCCACCGUACCGUCCGGCCUGGUUCAGCAGUUCUCACACAAUGCCCAGGUGGGCAUCGCCGUCGAGCCGGAGGUGCAGGUGGCCGGCCUGACGCCGGCCGCCGCCGAGCCCUCCACCGUGCCGUCGUUUGUCGAAUUCGUCCAGAAGAUGCUGCAGAACUUUGUCAACUAUGCGACCAGCUUCAGCGUGACGCCGGCGCAGAUGGCGGUGGCUCCCAACGAGAGCUAUGUGCCGCUGAGUGUGGUGCAGCGCUGGUACGACAACUUCCAGCGCCGGCUCGAGAUGAACCCCAACUUCUGGAAGUCGUGACCGGGCGCGGCCGGCUGGCCCUGGCCGGACGGCGGCUGUUGACUGGGGCCGGACCGCCGCUCCGUCCGCCCGUCUGUCCGGCGGCCGGCCGAACGCCCAGUGAGUGGGGACGGGCCCGGCCCGCCCGCUGUGUCUGCUCCGCGCGCGAGUGAGUGUAUCGCGGUGCGAUGGUGCGGCGCGCGGCCGGCAGCGCGCUGUGAUGGACGCCCGUUGGAUGUGAGCCGGCGAUGAACCCGCCACUGCUGCUCUUGGCACGCCAGAGGAUCGAAAUGGGAUAGCUUAAAGCAAAGGUACGUCCUGGAUACAAUGUAGAUAGAAAUAACAUCGAAAUGAAGGAGAGAGACGGUGUCACCGAAAGGUUUCUUUGCUGAAGACCUUUUCAUAAAUAUCUUAUUGCUGAAAUGCCUCAAGAGAUCUUCAUGAACUUGAGUUGGCUGUGUUGCUCGUUUUGCAUAGUUUUGAAGUUUAUACAGAGUAGCAUGUUUCUUUCGGUGUACACCGUACAGGUGUGCUUGAUAUGGGACCGACCGGCAACUUUCUCUGGCAAUGCGGAGGCGGUUUUUGUGUUUCUUUUUUAAAUGCUCUUUAUACAAUAAAGCUCUAACGCCUG